CUCGCCGAUUUCACACGGACGUCUCGAGCUCAGACUGCAGCGAUUGCAGAUUUUGCAUGUCAGAUAGGAGAAGACAGUGGUGGGGGCCGGCCUGGGACGGAGAGAGAGUGAUUGACAGAAGGAAGGUAGGAGGGAGGGACGGUGGUGGGGGUAGUGAGAGAGAUGGACAAUCGUAAGAAGAAGAAUGGAUAAUCGUACACCAAGAGAGAAGCGGGCCUGAACUGAAAUACUACUCGUAGCGUAUUCCCCCUCUUCUACCUGAGCCCGUCGCGACUGCGGAGGCAACCUGUCCCUCAGAGCUCCAAAGAAAUCCUCUAGCAUGUCAGCCUUCCCCUCGGGGACACGGUAGUGAGUGAGAGCGGAGCUGCAGUCGCCUACACCGGACACACCAGAGGAGACUCCAAUGACAACCUGGUGAAUGCCGACGCGAUGGACUAACUGAACCGGCGCAGGAUGCGUGUCCCGAGCCAACGAGGGAAGGUGGUUACACGAGGCUUUACUUCUUCUGCUGCUGCUGCGGAACCAAACCGACAGACAUUUUCCCCGGUGUGGUGGAUUGAUCGUCUUCGUCGUCACCCCCCUGUCUCCCGCCGGUGUUGACGGUGUACAAUGGACAGCUCCAACGGCUCUGGGAGCGACUCCACCACCACCACCACCACAACCACCAUCAUCAUCAAGCCGCCAAGCCACCAGCAGCUUGAGAAGAAGCGGCUGAACAGAGCGCCUUCCCCGGCGAGACCUUUCCUCAAGGAUGUGCACUCUCGCUCCUCCAAGCCACCUGCCCUCGUUCCCAAGUCCCCUAAACUCAGCAAGCAGCAUCAGGCGCCCGUAACCUCCUCCUCCGCCGCCCACCACAACCGCAGCUCCAGACGCCACAUCACUGUAGCGAAGGACAAAACGACGGUGACUGUGAAAAGUAUCACAAAGUCUACCACCCCAAAAAAGGCGACCAGCAGCGGCACCAAGCAGGCCCAGCCACACGCACCCUCACCCGAGCCCAGAGGCGGUGGCCGACCCGAGCAGCACGCCACGAGCAGUCCCGUCCUCGCCAAAGGCAAGAAGGGGAAAUUAGCCUCGAUCUCACUCAGCCCCAUUAGCUAUGGCGGAUCUCCUAUACGGGUUCCCACCGGCUCGUCCCAUGGCGGAAGGGUCAGCCAGACGGACAGCAGCUCCGACCUGUCGGACUGUCAGUCGGAGCCGCUCUCGGACGAGCAGCAGAAAGUUGUGGCCGCGGCCGCCAGCAGCGACGCGGAAUCCGGGACGGGCUCCAGCGAUCGGGAUCAGGUGGUAGGGGCUGAUAAUCCGCUGCAGGCAGAGUCGUCCUCAGAGACCGCUGCCGGGGAUGUUGAGGCAGUCGCUGAUGCUGCUGCUGCUGUUCAUUCGCAAGCAGUCGAGGCUGCCUCUGCAGCCGAGGGAGGCAUGGCUCAGGCGCAGUCUGGUUCAGGUGGACGCGGUGCACACGGAGAGCGAUGCGAGCAGGAGAAAACAAGCGCACAAUUCAAACUGCAACACCAUGGCGCGAAGCGUUUCAUCGAGGACGAUUUACUACGAGAAAUUGAAGACCUGCGUUCCGAGAACGACUACCUCAAGGAUGAGAUGGAGGAGCUGCGGGCGGAGAUGGAGGAGGUGCGCGACAGCUACCUGGAGGAGGAGGUGUACCAGGGCCAGGAGCUGCGGCGGGAGCUGGACCGCUCCAACAAGAACUGCCGCAUCCUGCAAUACCGCCUGCGCAAGGCGGAGCAGAAGGGUCUGCGGGCGGCGCAGACCGGCCACGUGGACGGAGAGCUGCUGCGCAACCUGGAGCAGGACCUGAAGGUGGCCAAGGACGUGUCGGUGCGGCUCCACAACGAGCUGGAGAGCGUGGAGGACAAGAGGAGCCGGGCGGAGGACGAGAACGAGACGCUGCGGCAGAAGAUCAUUGAGGUGGAGAUCUCCAAGCAGGCGGUGCACAACGAGCUGGACAGGGCCAAAGAGCAGCGGGCGUGCCUGGAGGCCCGGCGCGGAGGCCUGCAGCUCCAGGGCCUGCAGGGCCCCGAGGGGCCCUGGGCCCAGGAGAGGGGCCUCCUGCAGCAGGAGCUGCGUCUCUUCAGGCACAACACGGUCAUCUUCUACAUGAAGCUGCGCUGGAUCCUCCUACACUGGCGGCUGGACCGCAGGUCGGACCCCCGCGACGAGGCCCCGCACCCCGCAGAGUUUGAGAAGAUGGAGGGCAUCCCGGAGCUGGGGGGGCUCUCUGAGCAGGAAGAGGAGGGGACGGCCACCUGGGACCGACAGAGCACGCCUCGGACCCCAGGGGGCGACGUCCCCGACCAGGGCCCCGCCUUCCCCGACCCACAACAGCAUCAGCGACAGUUCGGGGAGAACCGGCGCAUGCUGCAGGCGCUGCGGACGCUGCUGGAGGAGUUCCGGGUGGAGGUGCGGGACGAGGAGGCGCGGCGGCGGCAGCUGCAGCAGUGCUACGCCAACGACAAGGCGGCCUGGGAGGUCAAGUGGGCCCAGAUGAAGUGUCAGGCUACCGCCCAGCUGGAGGACGCGCGGAGUGAAGGCGAGGGCAGCGGCGGCGGCGGCGGCGGCGGCGGCGGCGGGGGGGCGGGGGUCUCCCCGGAGGAGCGCGCCUCCCCCCGGCAGCAGGAGCGCGAGGAGCACCAGAGGCUGCUGGCGGAGAGCCACAACGCCUCCCUGGACCUGCGCUGGAAGCUGCAGCACGGGGAGCGCCGCUGGGGCCGGGAGCGCGCAGAGCUGCUGGAGCGCCAGGACCGGGAGCGCCAGGAGUGGGACAGCAGCGCCCGCGAGCUGCACCGCAAGAUGGAGCGGAUGCAGCGGGAGCUGACCUCCCGCCGGGCCGAGGGGGCGGACUUCAAGGAGGGGGGGCUGUCCGCCCCGCGUUCCCCGCGCUCCCCUCGUUCGCCCUCGGCGGCGUCGGCGGCGCGCUCCCGCUCCGAGUCGGACGCCGCCGUGCCGGAGGACGUCCCGGGCGCCCGGGCCCGGCUAAAGGCCCAGACGGAGAGCCUGUUCCUGGACGCCCUGUCCCUGGACCCCAUGGGUGGCCUGGGGGCCCCGGCACCGUGCCGGCUGGACAGCGAGAAGAGGUUCCCCUGCAUGAAGGAGGCGCUGAAUGAGAUAUCCGAGCGAGAGAGCGGUCCCGAGUACCCUGAGGAGGAGAUGAGCGGCGGGAAUCUGUUCAGAGCCAAGUCUGUGUGCUCCAUGAGCGACUUCCAGCGGCUGAUGGACAGCUCGCCGUUCCUCCCGGACAAGAGUCGCCACGGCGACCAGGAGCGGGACGACGCCACGCCCCCCCUGUCGCCCGACGACCUCAAGUACAUUGAGGAGUUCAACAGCAAGGGCUGGGACUUCCCCUCGGCCGGGGGGGCCGGCCCCGCGCCCCUGGAGGCCCUGGAGGCCUGGCCGUCGGAGCGGCCCCUGGAGGCCCACCCGGACCCCUUCACGCCGCCCGCCUGGUACCUCACCACCAGCGCCACCCUCACCACCAGCACCCUGAGCAACCCCGAGCACUGCCAUGCCAUGCCGGCCGGCGCGGUCGGCGCCGACCACUACGCGGUCCACAUCCUCCACAGCCCCCCCCGGCCCCUGGUGGUGUCCGAGUGCGCGGCCGCCGCCGGCUCCGCCGACGCCGACUUCCUGUACCCCCGAGGGAGCAAAUCCAGAGGCGCUGGGGCGGAGGGCGUGUCCGGGACGGCGGCGACGGCGGACGAGGUGUUUGGUGGCGGCGGCGGCGGUGGCGUCCGCUGGUCCGGCCAGCCGCCCCUCUGCCCCACGGUGGGCUACGCCUCCUCGCUGGACCUGCAGCUCUCCCGGAACCUGAGCGACGACAUGAAGGAGGUGGCGUUCUCCGUGCGGAACGCCGUCCGCUCGCCGCCAGGCCCGGCGCUGCGGGACACGGCGUGCCAGACCAACGGCUUCACCACGCGCGGCACGCAGACCACGCAGACCAUCAGCGUGGGCCUGCAGACGGACGCGCUGCGCGCCCCGACCAGCAGCCCCCACCGCUGCCACACCCCCAAGGGCGGGGGCUCCACGCCCGUCUCCUCGCCGUCCCGCGGCCCCCGCAAGGUGCCCUACUCGCCCGGGGGCCAGAGCAAGUUCGAGCGGCCCUGCUGCUCGCCCAAGUACGGCUCGCCCAAGCUCCAGCGCAAGCUGUCGGCGUCGGGGAAGGGGUCGGCGGAGCUGGCGCCCGCCUGCAGCCGGACGCCGCCCCCGGCUCUCGUCGCCCCCGCCGCCGCUGCCGCUGCCGCCGCCACCGCCGGCAGCGCUGCGAAGGGCAACAGCGAGUCGGCGUGGGCGCGCUCCACCACCACGCGCGACAGCCCCGUGCACACCACCAUCAACGACGGCCUCUCCAGCCUCUUCAACAUCAUCGACCACACGCCCGUGGCCUAUGACCCGCUGCAGAAGUUCAACAAGUCUCCCAGCCGCGCCAGGGCCACGCCGCCGCCCACGGCCGAGCCCAGCCCCGCCCACGCAGCCCCGGACCCCCGGGUGGCGGCGGCGGCGCAGGAGUACCCCCGGGCGUGUCGCGGGCGUUCGCCCAGCCCCGUGGAGAUGCACGGCGGGGAGAGGACCCCCGAGGUGGGGCCCAGCGUGCGGCAGGACCUGUCGGCGCCGCCGGGCUACUCGCUGGCGGAGAACGCGGCGCGCAUCCUCAACAAGAAGCUCCUGGAGCAGGGCUGCAGGGAGGAGAGGAGGCCGUCGGCCGGGGGCCCCGGGGGGCCCGGAGGGCCCGGACACAACGGCAGGGACGGCUCCAGGCACACCGACGCGGACAGAGGCGCGGCCGGAUGUAUCGAGGACCUUCCACGCUCCCCGGUGGCCCCGCCCCUCGACUCCUGCUUCCUGAGGCCUGCGCGCCCCGCCCACCGCCGGCCCCCCUCCCGCUGGGCCACACACUCCCCCACCUCCUCCCCCAGGUGGAGCAACGGGGCGCAAAAGAGGUUCACCUUCCCCCCACCACUGGAACACAACAAGAGCAUACCGGAGCAGGAGGAGGCGGGGCUACAGGAGCACUCUCCCACAUAAGCCCCGCCCCCUCCUUCAGCUCCACCCCCAACUCCUUCUUCUUCUUCUUCUCGUCCGAUCUCUUCUCUCCAUCUCUACCUGCCUCUCCUCAGCGGAGCCAGUACCUCAACCUCAAACUGACUCGUCGCAAAGAGACUCCAAGAGGGGGUGGAGCCAGAUGGGUUAAAGCUCCACCCCCCCCUCAGUAGCACCAGCCAAUGACCAAUGAGGAAAGGGCAGCGGAACCUCUUCCUUCCUCUGGAGAAGAACCUGGAAUGUACUGUAACAUCAUGGACAGACAACAACAACUCUCACUUACAUUUCCAUAAGAGGUGCCUGUAAACACUUGUGUUAUUCCCAGCCCCAUAUUUUAUUCUUUCAGGUGUCAAAGAGAAUCAGCCGUUAUGUUCAUUCAAAUAUAAAGUUUACACACCUUUUUUUUGGGUACGUUUACAACUUUUUUGUUUUGGGUUCAUUCGUUAUCAUUUAAUUUUUAUUCCGCAGACUAAAUGUUUUUGUUUUUGUUCUGUUGAACAAAAGCACACUUUUGUUUUUGUCCUGUGUCUUACAGCUUGCACCCAGGCCACUUUUGUUUUUUUUUGUCCAUAACACAGAAGAGGAAGAAACUAUCUUUUGUGCUUCACUGAAGCAGGAACACAUGAUGUCAUUUCUGAUGCUAAUGUAUUUAUGUAUUUUUACUUCAAAAGAGGAAUGUUGUUGGGGUCUGCAAAAUGCUAAGACCAACAAAUGAUUAACCGUAUGCAUAAUUUGGAAGGCAAAUGUACAAAUAUAGGUCAGCUAUUUAUUUUUGCAUGCCUUUUGAACACAUUAGCACUUUAGUGCACGUGCAUAGGAGCUAUUGUCACUCGUGCUCACUCGACUCCACUGUAAAGGGCGGGAAAAAAUCAUUGUGAAGCAAACUGUUAAUGCUGUUGUUUUGUUGUCACAUUCUUUGCAAUGACUCAACGUUAAACCACAAUUUAUAAGGAGUUUAUUGGACCCACUGGGCACUGGAUUUGUACAGUGGUGCCAGUGGGAUAUUAAUUACUUUUUUCUUUCAAAGAAAAGGGGAUUAUGGGAAAAAAAUAUGAAUGUUUUAAACGAAAAGUCUAUGUCAGAAGUCUAACUAUCUAUAGUCUGUUUAAUUGGUAAUAAACUUGAAUGUGGAUUUAUAAGA